GAAUUAAUGUUUCGCAUGAUGAAAUCUCAACCAUUUAAUGAAUGAAGGAGUUAUUCAUAGACUGCCAAUUGAUUCAGUAUCAGCAUCAAAAUGUCGCCAAACAACAGCGCGGAAAAGCCCGUUAAUCCCAACGAGCACCUGCACAUACCGAAGUGGGUAAAUGAGGACUACUUCCAGCCGAUCAUCGAGAAGGAUGUGGAAAACUUUGACAAGAUCAUUAACCUUGUGCCCAUUGCGGCCACUGCGCCCGGCGAGAACUACACAUCCAUUAUGAUCCGCGUCAUUGUGGACAUACUGCUGAAGGAUGGCAGCGAGCAGAAGGUGUCGUACAUUUUGAAGACAAUGCUGGAGGCGGACAGUGGAGCGGAUGUGGUCAAUGGCAUGGGACUGUUCCCCAAGGAGCGAAAAAUGUACGAGGUGCACAUCCCGCAGUUCGUAAAGCUUUACAAGGAGGCUGGCGUGGAGAUCGAGUUGGCGCCCAAGUGCCUUCAUGUCGAGGCCACCGCCGAAUUGAUUACCAUGGUCUUCGAGGAUCUGAGCCGGCAGAAUUUCAAGAACUUCGAUCGACUAAAAGGAUUCGAUCUGCCGCACAUGCGCCAAGUGCUCCGGAAACUGGCCGAACUGCAUGCUGCAUCCGUGGUGGCCAAGGAAAUAAAUGGUCCCUACGAUACCAUGUACCUGAUAUCCAUGUACAACGAGCAGAGUCGGGACCUCUUUGAGUCUCUGGGUAAGAUGCGACAGGAGCAGUACCUCAAGGCCAUGCGCAACUGGGAUCUCGAGAAUGCCGAAAGCUACAUCGCCCGGAUGUGGGACCCCUUGGAGGUGUUCGAGGAAGCACUGCAAAUCAACCAGGUGGACGAGAAUGAGUUCAAUGUGCUGAACCACGGCGACUGUUGGUCCAACAACAUCAUGUUCAACUACAAGGAUAACGGCGAGAUCGAUAGAACCAUAUUCGUUGACCUGCAGAUUGGCAAGUGGGGCACUCCGGCCCAAGACCUUUGGUACCUGAUCACAACAUCGGCAUCGCUGGAUAUCAAGGUCAAGGAAUUCGAUCACUUUAUUCAGAUCUAUCACCAGCGCCUGGCCGAAUGCCUCAAGCUACUGAACUACUCGAAACCCAUUCCCACACUCAGGGAUCUGCACAUCAUGAUGCUGAAGUACGGAUUCUGGGGACCUCUCACCUCGAUGGGCGUGAUGGUGGCCACACUUAUGCCCACGGACAAGGAUGCCAAUAUAAAAAUGAUGCUGACCCCAGGACCCGAGGCCGAUGCCCUACGAUACAGGACCUUCAUCAAUCCCUACUAUGCCAAAGCUAUGAAGGUGCUUCUACCGUUCUUCGAUAACAAGGGACUUUUGAAGUCGAAUUAGCUUUAAUCCCGGAUUCCAAUUGUGGUGUAGCCAAUUUGCUGUGAUAUCAUAUAUCAUAGGCGCAAGCAAUAAAUAAGAAUUUUAUUUAAUUUA